CUGCUACCUCCUCUCACUCAACUCAAGGAGCUAAAGAGACUGAGCUGACACAAAAUGAGAGGACUUGUUGUCUUGGUAACUUUGGCCUGUGUUGCCACCGCCCAGCACCAAGCACUGAUUGACUACUUGGAGCAAAGGCUGCUCGCUAUUGAGGACCGGAUCUCUCUGUGGCAUGAACAGACCGCCCGCUACGCCUCCGAGCUGCGGGCUUUGAAGCAACAGAUGGUUUCCCAGCUGGAGACACUCGAUAAAGAGAAAGAGACAUUGAGAAUGAAUCUGGACGGUGUGGGGACGAGGGUGGAUCGGGUUGAGCGUGAGCUGGACUACCUGGAGACUCAGAACGGAGCUCAGCCGUGUGUGGACGUGGACGACAAGCUGAUAGAGCAGCAGGUGACGCUGGUGAAGGAGAAGCAGAAGGCCAAGUAUUCAAAACUAUCAGACUGCAGCGACAUGAUCUCCAGCAUAAAAGCCAUGAAGAUCCUAAAGCGAGUCGGAGGGCCAAAGGGCAUGUGGACCAAAGACACCGGCAGAGGCUCUGGGAAGGUCUACAUUUUUAACGGGACAGAUGAAGACACCAUCCAUGAGUUUGCCUCUGUGCAAGACUUCUCCCGCUCACUGGGCAUUACUCUGUCCAAGGCCCUAAAGCUGCCGUCCGCCUGGAGUGGAACAGGACAUGUUGUCUUCAACAAUUACGCAUAUUAUAUAACUCAGGCUGAAGAGAUAAUGAUAGUUAAAUUUGACAUGAAGAACAGCUCUGUGACGGACAGCGCAGUGUUCCCAGUGCAGGACCACGUCCCAGUGUACGGCCUGACCCCAGAGACAGCGAUGGACCUGGCUGUGGACGAGGAAGGCCUGUGGGCCAUUUAUUCCACGCGGCAGAACGAGAGGUACAUCUCUCUGGCAAAAAUGGACGCCACCUCGCUGGACAUUGAGCAAAUGUGGGACACAAACUGUCCGAGAGAGAAUGCGGAGGCGGCUUUUGUCAUCUGUGGCACUUUGUAUGUAGUGUACAACACCAAGCAGUCCGGUCGCUCACGUGUCCAGUGUGUGUUUGACGCCAACGGGAUGGUGACCAAUGAAGACGCACCACUGAUUUACUUUCCAAAGCGUUACGGAGCGCACUCCAGUCUGAAGUACAACCCGCAGGAGCAGCUUCUCUAUGCCUGGGAUGAUGGCUACCAGAUCCUCUACAAGCUUAUCAUGAAAAAGAAACUAGAGAUUUAAACAAAAUAAAAUGCUGCACCAUCCUCCCACAACUAUACAUAAACCAAACACAACCCCAUUAAAGUACCAUACCAGUGUUUUUUUUAAUAAGUUUUGGCUCCUUAACCACAAAACUGAUGAACAUAUGAAAUGCAUGCUGUAGGAUUUAAGAUUUGUUUAUAUGCCCUGGGUAAAAAAAUCAAUCUUUAAAUGUACUGUACCGGUAACUGUGUUCUUUUUUAAAAAUUGUAGUUAUUGUGACGUGACAGUUAAAGUCCAGACUGAUUUGAAAAAUUCUCUACAAAUCUUUUUUUUAUAUGUGCACUUUGACAUAUCAAGAUAGUUUCAAGAGUCUGCAACUUGAUUUUCAUACCAUACGGAAAUAAAUGGACAACAACACAGACUAAAAAAGUCCAUACUGUUAAAAGGUCCAAACAUUUGAUAUGUAACGUGGUCAGAAUUGGUGUAAAGUAUUCAUGAUUUGUAGUGAAUCAAACAUGCAAUAUCACUGGUAUGGGCUUACAUUCUGAAUCUCCAAAAGCCUGAAAAUGUUUUAAAGUGCUGGAUUAUAGAACUAUAUCUGUAUACUUUCACACUUUCAGAUGUGAAUGUUUGACAUAUUUCUUCUUAUUGAAAGGUAUCAUGUGAUUUCAGUUUGUCAUCGCUGCCAAACACUUAUUUCUAAUCAGAAUGCAGUGCAUUUAAGUUUUGUCAGUCAUAUCUGUGUCUACUGGCGUGUCAACCUGCCUGUGAUCUUUUGUGUUGAUUCACUCAAGCUUGUUUCUUUUUUUCAUGCUGCAAAUAUUAUACUUUUUAAUUGGUACAACUUACCAGACCGCUCACUUUUUCUAUUUUACAUGACAUUUUGCUAUAUGAAUACGUUUUAAAAAUACAUCUUGGUAGCAUUGCUGGAUGCAUAAAAAUAGAUAUACUUUGUCUACACAUUAUAUAUAUUUGAAUAUUAUACAAAAGAAAGUUGCAAACAUAUUAAAGACACGAUAUGUAAGAUUUAAUCAUUUUAGACUUUGGCGCUCCCAGUGGUAGCAUCAAAAAAGACACUGUGGUAGAAAGCAAUACAUUACUUUCAGUGCUGUUCCUGUACAUCUGUUCUUGAUUUCAACUUAGUUUCUUGAAGCUGACGUCUAAAUAUGGCUAAUAAAAACGUAUUUAGUUGG